AUGACUUGUAUUGUGUACAUUCAAGAUAACCUGGGGUGGAUGGUGGGUUUUGGAGUUCCUGUAGUGGUCAUGAUCUUCUCAGCUCUUUCAUUCUUCUUGGCUUCUCCUUUUUAUGUCAAGUUGAAGCCUAAGGCAAGUUGGAUCCCUGGGUUGGCUCAAGUUGUUAUGGCUUUCUUUAGAAAUAGAAGUAUCAAAUUAUCAACCCAAGCCACAGUUGAGGUCCGCUAUCAUACAAAGGGAUCGAUGCUUCUCGGGUCAAGUGAAAGAUUGACUAGAUCAAGUAGAAGAUCUAAAAGCAUUGAUCAAGGUAAUCCCAAUAUGGUCAGCAGGAAUGUUGAUGUCUGUGAAUGGAAACUGCAAUCAAGGAAGGAUUUUCAGACAAUCCUGAAGCCGGAUUGCACAUUUCUGCAAUGUGGUUAUUGCCAUUUCUUAGCCUCUGUGGAUUAUCUGAGGCUUUCAAUACUAUUGGACAGAACGAAGUUGCCUAAAAGCAUGUCUAGUUUAGCCUCCACUCUUUAUGGGAUAGGAAUGUCUGCCGCAAACUUGGUAUCCAGUUCUAUAGUUAGUACCGUUCGGGAUUUUACGCAAGAAGAAGGUCAGGGGAGUUGGGUUGCAAGCAACAUCAAUAAGGGGCAUUAUGAUUAUUGUUAUUGGCUUCUUGCAUGUAUGAGCUUUGUUAACUUCAUAUAUUAUCUUGUUUGUAGCAAGUCUUACGAUCCUUGCGAGGAAGAAGAAGAGAGCAUUAUUGCAGAUGAAGGAUUUGGCCGAUGA